UCGCAUGCAUAACAACACAAUAGGCGGAACUUAACUGCUAACGAAACUUUUAGCAAUGACGAUCCAUAGUGUGGAAUUACAUGAAUAACAGACUGACGCAGAUACAAAUUACUGAUUCUUGAAGACCUGAAGUCGUUGUUAACGAGUUAGUGUAACUGGAAUGCACGAUGAUUAAAUUGUUUUCCUUGAAACAGCAGAAGGAAGGAGAAUCACGGACGUCAGGGAAGAGAACGUCCGCUGCACAGCUGCGAAUACAGAAAGAUCUCAGUGACCUAAAUCUACCGAAGACGUGUCAGAUUGAAUUCCCGGACAAUGAUGAUUUAAUCAAUUUCAAAUUAAGCAUCUCGCCAGACGAGGGCUUCUACAAAAAUGGCAAAUUUAUGUUCUGUUUUAAGGUCUCACAAAACUACCCACAUGAGCCACCCAAAGUCAAAUGUGAAACAAUGGUCUACCAUCCAAACAUCGACUUAGAAGGCAAUGUGUGUCUCAAUAUACUUAGGGAAGACUGGAAGCCAGUCUUAACGAUAAACGCAAUCAUCUAUGGAAUACAGUAUCUCUUCUUGGAACCCAAUGCGGACGACCCUCUCAACAAAGAUGCAGCAGAGGUCCUUCGACAGAACCGAAGACUCUUUGAACAGAACGUCCAGAGGUCCAUGAGAGGGGGGUACAUCGGAAGCACCUACUUUGACCGCUGCCUCAGAUGAACUUAGACCCGUACCAUUUUAAUCUAUUUCACCCUUUAACUCUCUCUCUCUCUCUUCCUCACUACUUUUUAUUGUAUUUCCCCUCAGCUCGGUUAUCAAAUAGAAAUAAUUUUAUUUUGAUUGUCCCAUAAAUGUUGCUUCUUGAUCCUGCAAAUGGUGGGAAGAAGGAGUGCGGGUGGCACAUGGCCGACGACUCGCUGGCUGGACAUACUCUGUGUAGAUAGCCUUGUAUAUUUGUAUCUCCACGAGAAGUGAUAUGGACACCGGUGUUCAAUCAAUGCUGACCUACAUGUAUGGUAUGCCUCCAAUGUCCUUCCUACGGAGAGGUAAGGCCAUUGAGCAAGGCAUUUUAUUUACAUCGCUCCUCUCCACCCAGGUGUUUUAAUUGGAUACCUGGUAGGAUGUGGACAUCAUCGUGGUUGGAUUAGCAUGUGCGAGCCUGUAUAAAGACAUCGAGUGUGAAUGCUCCUCAGGGAGUGGAGAAUGUGCACUACCAUGCACGGAAAAGAAAAUGAAUCCAGUGACCGGGGUAAUAAGAAUACUAUAAGCACUUGGUCAGUGAACUAUAAUAAACCGGUAUUGUUAUUGUUAUUAUUAUUAUUUUUAUUAGAAGUAGUAAUCGUAGUAUUAUUGGUAGUAGUAUAACUGUAUUAUUAAUUUUAUUGUUAUUGUUUCUAUUAUUAUUAUUAUUAUGAUUAUUAUUAAUAUUACCAUUAUUAUUAGUAUUAUUACUAUUAUUAUUAUUGUUAUUAUAACUAUGAUUAAUAUUAUUGAUCAUUUAUCUACUUAGAUAGAUAUUAUGAGGCAUAUAAAGAUUUGAAGUACAUGUACCUAACUAGAAUAAGACAAAAAUCUGUCUAUUUUUGGAUCCCUUGAUCGCUUGUUUAGAAGCUUGUGUUUGUAUCUGUGUUGACUAAUGGGGGAACAUUACUGUCGACUACAACUAGAUGAAAAUAUUGUUAAGUAAAUCAGUUGGCUUGAGAAAGUCCACAGGAGUUGAUAAAGCUUGCCGACUAAAUUGCAUUGUUGGUAGAAGCCUCAAUUAUAUGUAAUAUUAAUCUCUUCUUUCUUUAUAAUAGGAGUGAUUGAGCCAGUAAUUUUAAUGCCCCACUGCACUACUUAUAGCUACUUGCGCCCUCUAUAUAGCAAACGAUGCCUAAUCGGUGACCGCUGGUCCCCAUGAUCCCCUUUUUCUUAUGUUAAUUGAGAGCUGAUUUGAUAAGAUAACCACCUGUCAGUGACCUCGCUGGAUGGUCUAAUUCCUCCUGGCCAAACUAGUGCAGACAGGCUUUAAAAGUAAGGUUUAUUUACCUCAGAAAUAUAGGUACAAGGUAAUAAAGCCAUCAUUAAAAGACAUAAGUACGCAAAUCAUCCAAGAGAUUUUUUUUCUUUCAUGUGACAGUAUCGAACAAUCUAACCCGACAUGUAUAUUGUACAAGACCGACGGCUUAAGGUCCUCUCCGAGAGACCUGGUAAUGAGGAUUAAUGCCUUGUGUGUUGUACAGCGUGUUGUUACAAUUUUAUGGACUUUCAUGGCCUAGCGUAGUAUUUAUUGUAGGGGAUAAGUUUGAGAUCAGAUAAUUUUGAUGUGAGUGGCCUAAUCUAUACAUCAACAAAGCAUGAGAUUUAGUGUUAAGUCUGAAAUAACUCAGGAUUUAUUCCAAAGGAAAAGCAUUGAAGAAAUAUGAAACCAUAUCCAUUGAUUGAAGCAUCUCUUUUUUGAGUCUUUCUUCCAUCUUGCUCCAUCUAAACAAUCGUUCAGAUAUGAUGCGGUAUACCGCAGCAUUUUUUUCUUUAGGAUGACGUAAAAUGCUUGAUAUUUCUAUAUCUGAUAACACACAGCUCAGUGAAUACGCCUAGUCACUAUUCUUAUACGUAAAAAACGUUAACUCUUAUUUUAUGCAUCAUUUUGAACGAGUCGUUACUCUUUGACUGUGGCUCUCUUUUCCCCUCAUCCAUUCUCUCUCUGUGUUAUACUAAUGAACGUCCUUUUGACUCGAAUAGACGAUAAAAUCAUAUUUCUUUUGUAAUUCCUUCGCGCUUGUUGAUAUUGCAUGUAUUUAUGUCAGGUAAACAUGUAUGUACCGGUACAUGUAUCAUGCAAGAUGAAAACGGCAUACAUUUCCAGAAUGGAUAUUCCCUCAUUCCUACUCUGGACAGUUUCUAUAGGCUCGUUCAGAAACACAUCAACAAAAAAAGACACUUUUUUUGUAUGUGUAAUUACAUAAAUGGCACUUGUGUGCAACAAAAGUCCUGCAUGCAUUUACUGAACUCUGUGUUAUAAGAUACAGAAAUAUUACACUUCACGCCAUCAUGAAAAAGCCGCCACGAUUUUGUCAUGCCAUAUCUGAUCAAGCCUUGGUAGGUUGGGGCUGCCGUCUACACUUUCAAGCUUAUGUUGAAAGGGGUAAAAACUUAUGUGACUUUUAUAGAACUUGCAAAAUGUCCUAUGAAGGGUUGGUUAUUUAGUCAUACAUUAUGUGUCAUGUUGUAUGUUUUCAUUACUCAUCCUGACCUUACCUGACUCAUGUGUACCAUGAUACAUAUACGGUUUCAUGUACUCAACCCCUGUGUCAGGCACAGAAUUACAUUGCCCACCAUACUUUAUCAUGCCUGUAUGUGUUCUAUUGUAUUGUUUCAGUCCUUAUAUCAGGCACAGGAUUUCUUUGUCCACCAUACUUUAUCCUGCUCAUAUGUGCAUUGAAAUUACAUGUGUUGUGUGAGCAUCCUCUUUAUCAGCCUCUCUGUGCUCCGAUGACAUGAGCCAAUCAGAGACAUUAUUUGGGAUAUCUGCAUUGAAGGGUGCCCUUGCUUAAUGGGAAUUAAAGAUAAUCUUUUGUUUUUUGUUUUGUGUGUUAAUGGCACCAUGAAGCCUCGUUCAGAUAUGUGGCCGUAAACCGCAGCGUUUUUUCAUCAUGACAUACACAUGUACAUGGUAAGUGUAAAAUGCUUAACAUUUCAGUAUGUGAACACAGAGCUACUUGUAAGUGAAUAUGCUUAGGUUCUUUGUUGUGUGCAGUUUCCGUUCAUUUAGAAGUAAAAAAAAAACCUGCGUUUUUAUUUUUGGUGGCGGUUAACCCCAUCAUAUCUGAACGAGCCUUAACUGUACCUCCAUUCUCAUCAUACAGAGGAGAAUGGCGUUCAGACUCGUGGUUAUAUCUCUGUGGAAAGCAUGUAUUUAGCUUCUCUGUAUGUAAUAAUACUAGACAAGAUUUUUGUAAUAUUAACUUAAAAAUGUGAAAAGAAACGUGAAAAGAAAAAAUGUACAUUCUAUGAAGGGGAUGUGAAGAGAAGCUAAUAAAGUGAGGUACAGUAUUCAAUCUA